AUGGGCUGGUCCAGCGCGAGGAAGACAGCGGGCAAUAUGACUAAAAAGAAGCGGGAGAAUCUUGGUGUCGCUCAGGAGAUUGACGGGCUAGAGGAAAAGCUGUCCCGGUGUCGGAAGGACCUGGAGGCCGUGACCUCCCAGCUCUCCAGGGCAGAGCUCAGUCCUCAGGACAGGAGGUCUCUGGAGAAGGAGAAGAACACCCUCAUGAACAAAGCCUCCAAGUAUGAGAAAGAGCUAAAGCUGCUUCGACAAGAGAACCGGAAGAACAUGCUCCUCUCGGUGGCCAUCUUCACUGUCUUCGCCCUGCUCUAUGCUUACUGGACUAUGUGAGUCAGCCAUCUCCAGCCAAGCAGGUUCCCUCCCACUCCCCAUCCAGAGACCAAGCUCACACAGAGGUGGGGGCCUGUCCCCUGGGGUUGUGCCACUGUAGCAGAAGUGCAUGGCACUGCUUCCUUCUGCUUAGUAGAGGGGCAAUAAAGAGCCCCAGGCUCUGCUAUCUGCUAUUUCCUGCUGACAAGGUGAGAGUUAGCAAGG